GGGCGGGGCUCGCCGCCUGGCUCCUCCUCCGCGCGCGGCCUGGCGGCGGCGGCGGCACCACCAGCAACCACUCCAACCGGCACAAAAUGUCCCUGGAGCAGGAGGAGGAAGCGCAGCCCGGGCGGCUCUUAGGACGCAGCGACGCCGGCGCCUACUUCAUUGAGCCCAACGUGCGCUUCUGGAUCAACCAGCGCCAAUCCUUUAUUCAACGAUUUCUUCAAUGGACAGAAUUAUUAGACCCUACAAAUGUGUUCAUUUCAGUUGAAAGUAUAGAAAACUUGAGGCAACUAUUGUGCACAAAUGAAGAUGCUUCCAGAUCCGCCUUGGAGGACCAAAGGAUACAAGAAGCUUGGAAGCGGAGUCUUUCAACAGUGCAUCCCGACAGCAGCAACCUGAUCCCCAAUCUUUUUCGACCUGCAGCGUUCCUGCCUUUCAUGGUGCCUGCGGUAUUUUUUUCAAUGAUGCCACCAAAAGGGAUCAAGUCCAUGGUUUUACCCAAGGUUUACCUCUACGCGUACCUGACAGCGUUCAGCAUCAUCAAUGGAAACAGAAGUUACACUUGUCAUCCACUAGAAAGAUCAUUCCUAGGGGUGGGAGCCUUUGCUUCUUCAAGCUUCUUUGGAUUAAUACCUAACUUUAUCCAGAUGAAGUUUUCCUCGAAUACCUUUUUUAUGAAAAGAAUUUUACCUAUAGCUGUCCAUGCACAAAUAAGUGGAAUGAAUGUCUUAACAUCCCGAAGUCUUGAGACCACUAAAGGGAUUGCAGUCAUGGACAAGGAAGGCCAUGUCCUAGGCCAUUCCACAAUUGCUGGGAAAAAGACUGAGUCUCACUCUGUCGUCCAGGCUGGAGUGCAGCCGCAUGAUGAUCUUCACUCACUGCAGCCUCCACCUCCCAGGUUCAAGCAAUUCUUCUGCCUCAGCCUCCCAAGGAGCUGGGAUUACAGGCAUGUGCCAUCACGCUUGGCUAAGUUUUGUACUCCUGGCCUCAACGGAUCCUCCUGCCUUGGCCUCCCAGAGCACUGAGAGGUGUGAGGCACUGCACCCAGCUACAGCUAAGAGCAAAUAUCAAAUCAGCAAGUCGUUCCCAGCACCUCCUGCCUGCCAGGCUCAGUGCUAGGCUCUGGAGACCCACACACUUGGCCACUGAGAGCCCCUGCUCCCCAGGAGCCCCAGCCUCCCAGCCGGAAGGUAGCCUCAGGCCUGUCUGGCUGUCUGGAGUCCAUCUCACCAGAAGAAACUUCAUUUUGGGGAUAAGUGGCAUGUUAGGGUCAAAGGAAAGCUUUGCUGAUCUGCUUUUAAAAAAAAAAAAGUCUUUUUUUCUCUGAAGAGUAAAGUGUCUGCAACUAUGCGUAAGCAUAAAUAUUCUUCUAUCACUUCCCUGUCCCUGGAAGGUUCUUUUCUUUGGCUACAAUUUCAGAAAAUGCGUAACCGGCAGUAUCUGAUGGUGACAGGGCACCGCUGGUCGGAUUUCAGGGGAUUCCUGGACAUUGUUUCCCCCGACUGCCCCAUAAGCCACUCCUUUGCACACAGCACCUCCUAAUGAUCAGUGGAGAGCGGCAGGCCUCAUCCCACUGACACGGAAACAGCACGCCAGCAGCCGCUUUUCCCUUCCAGAAGUCAAGCAUUUCACUUUACAUCCCUGAGACUUUUAAAUUUU